CAUCCCUCAUGGUAUGCCUUUAUUCUUCUGCCAGAAAAGUUGGGAGUGAAGCGGGAAUGUUUAUUCCGCGGCUCUGGACGCUCCGCCGCAGGUAUUGCUCCGGACGAUUAUUGCUCCUAGGGAUCGCGGUGUGUCUUUUCUACCAGACCCUGAUGGUGGCACGGAGUCGGUUCAAAGGCGGCCCACCCGCGGCUGAUGAACGCAACAAGUCAACGAUGACUGGAGCGUUGGAGGUAUUUGAUGAACUUCUGCAGGACCCUGCCAGGCUUAUUUCUACCCUGGAGGCUUUGGAGAGGGAAAUAUAUGUCAAGGGGUCCAAUCAGGUCACGCGGGCCAUCGUCUUGACGGGUCAGCACGUAGCCGCGGAUACAGAGGUCCAGCUGUUCCAGCGGAUCCUGGAGCAGCGAGGCUACGAGGUCAGCCUGUCCCGAUACGCCGAGACCAACACCGCCCUGAGACACGACAACGGUGGCAGUGUGGAGUGGAGUGUGUUGGUGUGUCUGAGCGGUUCAGAGAAGAGUUGCCUGAGGAAAGUGUCCUUCUCCCAUCUGCAGCCCCAUCAGAGGGUCAACAUGAUACCUGGGCUGGUGGGGGCCUUCUCUGAUGUGGAUGGGCUCUGUCGCUUCCAGACAGACAGCCGGCUAGCAGGCCUGGCAUUACCCAUCAAUCCAUCUGCCUGUGGAUCGCCCCUCCCCAAGCUGGGAGAUGUUCAUCGUGUGGCACAUGGUGAUUGGAACCCAGCUAUCACCACACUUAACUUGGUGAGCCCUGGCCUCUUUGCCAUGGUGACGGUUUAUGUCCUGGUCACCUCGGUAACGCCGCUCACAGCCUUCCUUCAUCACACGGGCCUGGUCAGGACAAACGAAGACACGGACAGCCACACCACACAGCUCAAGCCCUUUCUUCUGCAGCAGCUGGGUCCUGAUGCAUCCCAUGAGGCCUUGGACCAUGUGAAGGAGGUCAUAGGUCAGGUGUUGAGGGUGGCAGUAUUGACCAAUGAGGAGCCCAGCUCUCGGCACAGUUGGUGUUUCUUGUGUUUCCAGCUGAUGACAUUCACUCUUCAGUUCAGUGGUUCCCUUCUGCCUAUCAUAGUGAAGGCUGAGACUGACCUGCACUUUGAUGGGCUGAGGGACCCAGGGUUUGACGGACAGAUCACAAAAGAGUUCAUCCUGGAAGAUGCUCUUCUCUUCCUGCUCCCAGCACACAAUGGACAGGCCAGACGGAAGAGCCCUUCACACACCGAGACAGACGAUGGACAGAGGUAUGGUGGCUGUGGGGGGACAUACGGACUCUGUCUACCAGAACACCAGACUCUCCUCCUCCUGCAGUUCGUCCGUCAGCUGAGGACACCAGGGUCAUUUGAACUGCUUUAUCCCGCAGCUUCUCCUCAGCGCUCUCCUAUCCAAGACUUUCUCUUUCGAUCGUUCCCAAGAGCGGAGGAGUCUGGGAGUGGGCUGCAUUUCUCAGCAUUGUUGGACAGAGUCUGUUCUCAUUAUACAGAGCAAAGGAACCAGACUUACAGGACCAAUGAAGCAGAGACACAGACCGGGUGGGACCAACACUCAGGCUCCCAGGACCUCCCUGGAGACAAAGAGCGGUGUGUGGACCCCCACCUCAGACAACUGUACACAGAUCCCCCUCUGACCCUCAGCCCCCCCUUUAGUCCCUGGGUGAAGGACUACCGUGCUGAGGUCCCCUUUGACGUGGUGACCCUACGCCUCCGCCCCGAGCCCAUCAGCCCAGCCUGUCACAUACACCUGGAUGAGCACAGAGGACCUAGAACAGCAAACUACCCGGUCGGCCUGGGCAACAGCAUAAUCAACAUCCUAGUGACGGACGAGUCGCUCACCACAGAGCCCGAGCCCGUUGUCAUGACAAUAUACACUUUGCACAUGUACCGUGAGAGCCGUCCCAGCCUGCCCAUGUUUGGGGAGCAUGUGAUGUGUGGCUUCGUGCAGGACUGUGGCCUGGUGGUGCAACCAGAUCAGCCCUGUGGUUUGGAGCCACUCCCUGGGCCACUCUCUCCAGGCGAGCCCCAGGCCCCAACUCGGCCCUGCAUCUCUGGGGAUGUACCAGGUCGUUGGGUGGUUCCUUGCCUCAGCUGUGCCGACAACCGGACCUGUGACUGGAGAGAGGUUGCCUGGCAACCCGAGGGCUGUUACCACCCCUUGCUGGACCUCCCCCAGCUGCAGGACUGCAUGAUGUACAGGAAGGUAAUGUUCAUAGGUGACUCCACUAACCGGGGGAUGAUGUACUUCCUGAUGGAGCGGGUCAACUCUAGUCUGGAGGACUGGGGCAAGGCCCACGACAGCCUGGUCUAUCGCAACGUCAAUCAGGGACACACACACGUCUCCUACUCCUACUACCCCCAGUUCUGGCUGGAGCAGAGCCACAGACCCACCUUCCAGAGGGCCCUGGAACAGCUCAUACUGAGGUCGCGACCCUUGGAGAACUCCCGUCAGACUGUGCUGGUGGCAGGAGGUGUCCAGUGGCUCAACACCAACCACCUAAGGAUCAUGAGAGAAGUGCUGGAGAGGGAAGGGCUACAGGAUAUCAUGGUGGUGGUGAAGUCUCUGGGCAUGGGCUUCCAUCUCCCUGUGGAUGGCAUCCGCUCUCUCUCACUGAGAGGAGUACAGGAGCUGUACAGAGAGAACAGCAUCAUCAUCACCACCGCAAAGCACUAUGGGUAUGAGGUCAUAGACACAUUCAGUGUCACCAUGGGCCGCUACAAAGAGUUCCUGCAGGGACGGUGCGCCUGCCAUUUUCACGAGGUUGAAAAGCUGUCGUUCUCCAAGGCUCCGCUACACAGGAAGAUGAAGCUCCUUCGACACGGCGAGGAACCUGGAACCAGAACCAGUGGAACUGGAACCGGGUUCAGUGAUCAGCCCACCCUGCAGCACCAAGACCAGUGGGCGGGGUCUAACUCCUCCACCUAUAACGUGAGAGGAGCGGUGAACCAGGUGUACUCGCAGAUCCUGCUGAGCAGACUGUGUGUGAGAGACACGGGAAACUAGACCCACCCCUCACCACCACUGACUGUGUGUGUACUUGUGUCCUUGCUUGCUAACGUGUGUGUGUGUGUACGUGCGUGUGUGUACGUGCGUGCGUACGUGCGUGCGUGCGUACGUGCGUGCGUACGUGCAUGCGUACGUGCGUGCGUAUCCAUACAAGCAUCUCUCUAAAAGAAAUUAGAGGUCAUUCCGUCCAGGAAGUGCUGGAGUAACAGGAGAGUCCUGACUGGUCAGCCGUGUGACAGACAUCACCACUGUCUGUCACACAGACCUCCUCUGAUUGGCCCACACACUGGGCCCCCUGUCAUGUGACUGCUGCCUCUGCUAGGUAGAGGUUUCCAGAUGGUCGAAGAGGGGGAUCGCUGGCCUAAUACCAAAAGACAAGGGAAGCAGCUGGAGAAAUAAUAAAGAGCAGAGUGAGAGUGACUGUUGAAGGAGUGUGUCGUGUGUACAUCCCACAUGUAAGCCUUGCCCCCCAACCAACUGACAAUGCUCCCUCAACGCUCCAGCACAAACCUUUACAAUUGUAUAGUUCUAUAGUUGUGGAAAUGUUGCACAGCAUUGGUUCUCAAUCCUCUCCUCGUGUAUCCCCGGCAAUUCCAUGUGUUUGAUGUAUUCCAGAGCUAGCACACCUGACUCAGAUUCAACUUGUCAACUAAUCAGGUGAGCUAGUUUAGGGCUACAACAACAUUGUUGAAACGUCUGGGGGUCCCCGAGGAGAGGUUCGAGAACCACUUUUGAUGUGUGCCUUUGAUGCCUUUGAUGCAUCAGGAAAGCCGAUCUCUCGCCAUUGGAGGGACUUCUGGAUAUACAGCUAUUCCUCCUCAUAUACAGUUCCUCAUCCAUCCGCCUGUUCUGUGGACACCACAACCUAUUCUAUGCCAAAGAUAUGACGAAAGCUGAGCAAUUCUUCAAGCGAAUGUCUUAUGUAGGAUUUUCUUAUAUUUCUACAUCUGUUUAUUCGUGCCCAUAAUGUUGAUAAUCAGUGUAUAAUGUUUUACAUGCAGCAUAUUGUUGACAUGCUAAUGAAGGACUGGUGUAAUGUAUGCUAUGGAUCUAUAUAUAUAUUGUCUGAUCUGUCCUCUGAUCAUUUUUUAUGGAGGGAACUGAGCUGGUGAAGAUGAAGGUAAUUGAAACAGAUAGCCACAAACACAUGCACAAGCACAGGAGUGGAGACGACCUGCUUAGCUCUGUUUAGUGGUCCUAUGGGAACAUUGAUAGCAAACCUAAUCAUUUGAUUCAGUGAAUUUGAAGGAAAACUGAAGGGAAAAAAACAGAAAGACAUAUUUUCCUCAUACUAAAUAUUAUCAACACUAUUAAUUUAUUAUUAAAGAACAUGUAUCUUCAAAUGGCACUAACUUCAGCUUUGUGUUUCCAGAUGGUACAUAUAAGAGUUAUUCCGAUACAAUAUUCUCACAUUAAAAUAUAUAUUUUCUUA